CUCCCUUCCACCAUUCCCUAAAUCUUCGGUAAACCCUAGCAAAGAUUUGGAAGUAAGAAAUGGCUUCAUCGGAAAAUAUGGUUGAUGAACAAAUCCGACCACAAUCCUACUGGAGAUGGAGCAAACAAGAUUUCUUCCCGGAAGAAUCUUUCCGGGACUGGGGUACCUACCGCUACGCCUUAUCUCACACUUAUUCCAGAUUCAAGGAUCGUCUGCUUACCCGUUCUCAAGAUUCCGACGAGACAGACAAGUUGAGGAAGGAGAGUGAGAAUGACAUGAAACGCUGUCUCAACUGGUGGGAUUUGAUGUGGUUUGGGUUCGGUGCAGUGAUUGGCGCCGGAAUUUUUGUUCUUACCGGCCAGGAAGCCCGUAACAACGCCGGACCAGCUAUUGUGUUAUCUUACGUAGCAUCUGGAGUGUCGGCGAUGCUUUCUGUUUUCUGCUACACGGAGUUCGCGAUAGAGAUUCCGGUGGCCGGUGGUUCGUUUGCGUACCUCAGAGUAGAACUGGGAGAUUUCGCGGCGUUCAUCACCGCCGGAAACAUUCUUCUUGAAUGCAUUCUUGGAGGUGCGGCGGUUGCUCGAUCAUGGACGUCGUACUUCACCACUCUUAUAAACCGUGAAUCGAAUUCUCUGAGAAUACAAACAAACCUUGCAGAAGGAUACAACCUCUUGGAUCCAAUUGCCGUCGUGGUGCUGGUAAUUGCAGCCACCAUUGCAAUGAGCAGCACGAGAAGAACUUCAUCCCUCAAUUGGAUCGCAUCCGCCGUUAACACCAUUGUCAUCCUAUUCGUCAUCAUCGCAGGGUUUUCUCAUGCCGACACUUCGAACAUGAAACCGUUUGCACCUUAUGGCGCAGAAGGCGUCUUUCGAGCUGCAGCAAUUGUGUAUUUCGCUUAUGGAGGAUUCGAUACCAUCGCCACCAUGGCCGAAGAAACAAAGAACCCAUCUAGAGACAUACCUCUGGGAUUACUUGGCUCUAUGUCGAUCAUCAUUAUAAUCUACUGUCUGAUGGCACUUUCGUUAACCAUGAUGCAAAAAUACUCGGAUAUCGAUCCGAAUGCAGCCUACGCGGUUGCAUUUGAGCGAGUUGGCAUGAAAUGGGCCAAGUAUCUGGUGGCUCUAGGUGCACUCAAGGGUAUGACCACGGUUCUAUUGGUUGGUGCACUUGGUCAAGCUCGUUAUAUAACUCAUAUCGCACGAGCCCACAUGAUUCCACCCUGGUUCGCUUUGGUCCAUCCGAAAACAAAAACUCCAAUAAACGCUACUCUCUUGGUCACCAUUUGCAGUGCCUUUAUAGCAUUCUUUUCGAGCUUGGAUAUCUUGGCCAGUUUACUAUCCAUAAGCACACUCUUCAUCUUCAUGAUGAUGGCCGUUGCACUUAUCGUGAGGAGGUAUUACGUAAAAGGGGUGACUCCACGAGCAAGUUUGCUGAAACUGGUGGGGUUUUUGCUGAUCAUAAUCGGGUCAUCCAUGGGGAUGUCAGCAAGCUGGGGGUUAGACCCUAGUGGUUGGGUGGGUUACACGGUGACUGUGCCUUUAUGGUUCAUGGGAACACUUGGGAUGGCGGUGGUUUUGCCGCAACAAAGGAACCCAAAAGUGUGGGGAGUGCCGAUGGUUCCUUGGCUGCCGUCACUGUCGAUCGCCACCAAUUUGUUUCUGAUGGGAUCGCUGGGGUAUGAAGCUUUUAUACGGUUCGGGAUCUGCACGGUGAUUAUGCUGCUUUAUUAUGUGUUGUUUGGUGUUCAUGCGACUUACGACAUGGCACAUCGGCAACCUGAAUCGGAACAGAAAGCAACGAUUCUGGAUGAAGAUGGUGUCGGAAAAGCAUAGCUGUAGCGCAGACAUGGAACACAACACAACCCUCCAAUAGAAGCUGUGGUUUGAUUAUAUAUACUUAUACAAAUGUAUUGAAGGAUGU